AUGAGCCAGACGGAAGCCCAGCGCCGCGCCGCCGCGCGCAAAGCCAAGAUCCUUGCCCGCGGAAACGCGGGCCUCGAGCGCCUCGCGCACACCGCGCGCGGGGACGAAGCCGCGAAGCUGUACGGCGCUAGCGCGCCCUCCGCAUCCGUCCCCUCCGUCUCCACGCCCUCCGCUCCCUCCGCCCCCACCGCCUCUCAAUCCCCCUCCUCCACCCCCGCCCCCUCGCAAGCUCCCGUGUCCGUCUCCGCCUCUUCUGCCCCCGCCUCAUCGGUGCCUUCGGCUCCCGGCCCCACCGACAAGCCCGGCUGGGCGCGCCCCACCCCCGGCCGCACCCCGACACCCGGCACGCGCGCGGCGGCCGCCGACCCCGCGAACAUGGACCUGAACGCGCUCAUGCAGAUGAUGGGCCAGGGGGACGGCGAUCCGUUCGCGGGCCAAGACCCGUUCGCGGCGCUCAUGGCGCAGAUGGGCAACAUGGAGGGCAUGGGCGGCGGCAUGCCGCCCAUGGGUAUGCCGGGCAUGGGAAUGCCUGGUAUGGGGAUGCCCGGCAUGGGCAUGGCGCCCCCCGCCGCGCCGCGCGCCCAGCGCCUCCUCCCCCUCAUCCACGCCGCGGCCGUCGUCGCCUUCACCUUGUUCGUGGUCGUGUGGUGGGAGCCGACGAUGCAGCUCGUGCGCGCAGGCGGAGAAGCGGGCUCGUGGGCUGCGCGGUGGCGGGGGUUGGGCGGGCGCGCGGGAGGAUUCGCGGCCAAGACGUUCGGGCAUCUCCCCGUUUUCUACGCUUUCGCCACGCUCGAGUGCAUGCUCCUUGCGCUCCGUGUUGUCGUCGUCCGCCCGCAGGCGCGCCUGCACCCUCUCCUCGCCAACGCGCUCCCGAUCCUCCCGCCGGCGGUGCAGCGCGCCGUCGUCCUCGGGUCCAAGUAUCUCGGCGUCGUGGGGCAGACAUACGCCGACGCGUGCCUCUUUGUCUUCGGGCUCGGGUGCGCAGUCGUGGUCGCGGAGUAUCUCUAG